AUGCUUCGUCCAUUCUAUCCAGACUGUGAUCCGCCUCCAUACACUAAGGAACUUUUAGCCGCAUUGAUGAUAAUGAUUCUUGGUGCCAUAAAUUGUUGGUCCGUAAAGUUGGCAACAAUAGUUCAGGACUGGUUCACGUAUGCAAAAAUUGUCGCUCUUCUGCUGGUCAUUGUUACUGGGGCAGGCCUUUUGUUUUUCGGUGGUCCACAAUACCGAGAUUCGUUUGAGAACAUUUUUGAGGGCAAUUUUCGCGAUUUCUAUCAAGCUUCAGUGGGAUUCUACUCAGGUCUAUUCGCUUACCAAGGCUGGACAUAUCUCAAUUUCAUCACAGAAGAACUAAUCAAUCCAAAAAGGAAUCUGCCGUUAGCCGUGAUGUUCUCCUGUGUUAUCGUAACAGUGAUCUACACAUUGUUCAAUGUCGCUUUAUAUGUUGUUAUUUCACCGGAUGAGAUGUUAAUUAGCCCUGCAGUCGCUGUUGUAAGUUAG